GAUGCUUGUGGACUCUCUGGUUAAUUUAAUAUAACCUAUUUUCAAAUAUUUGCUUCUGACUCCCGGCAAACCCGAAAAUACACACACAAAAAAAAGGAUAAACCAGAGUUUUAAUGGCUACUCUGUACUGCUACUCUCUCCACUGCGAUUUCCGUUAGCCAUCCCUCCAUGGGAACGAGAAAGAUUCAAGAUGUUUUCGCCUCAGAUCACGACUCUCCCGACUCAGAGGUUUGGCGGCAAUACUCAAAGCAUCGUUCAUGCUGGGUCCAUCUUGCAGCCAGUGUGCAUGCACUUCCAAGGAGAAUAACCAGACAAGAAGCCGAAGAUAUUAGGAGAUUCGAAUUUACCUCCCCAUGUUUUUGGGAUGAUUUCCCUCACCGUGAGCGGUCGAAGAGAGUCACUAGCGAUAAGACCACAAUCCCAAAGCAAAAGAGGAAGCUAGACACCGACAUGUUUGAGCGUUACUUGGAGAGUUUAUGGAGGAACUUAUCAGAAGAUAAGAAGACUUCCUUCACAUAUCUUGACUCCUUGUGGUUUGCUUUGUAUAGAGGAACCACCAAAACAAAGGUGUUGAUGUGGAUUAAGAAAAAGAACAUUUUUUCGUGGAAAUAUGUUUUUGUUCCCAUUGUUUGCUGGCAUCAUUGGAGUCUUUUGAUCCUGUGUAACCUUGGAGAAAAUCUACAAUCAAAAACCAGAACACCAUGUAUGCUGCUUCUGGAUUCACUUGAAAUGACAGACCCCAAGCGUCUUGAACCCGAUAUAAGGAAGUUCUUGUUGGACAUUUACAGAUCAGAGGGCAGGCCAGAGAAAGAAGAGUUGAUUUCAAAGAUUCCUCUUCUGGUGCCUAAGGUUCCACAGCAGAGGAAUGACGAGGAUUGUGGAAUCUUUGUUCUUUAUUUUAUAAAUCUAUUUGUAGAAUGUGCUCCUGAAAAUUUUAGCAUUUUUGAGGGCUACCCUUACUUUAUGAAGCAAAACUGGUUUAAUUAUCAAGGCUUUGAAAGGUUCUGCAAGAAAGUCCUAUCAUUCUGUUCGUGAACUUUGUGUAUUUGGUUGCUGAAACCUUUACUGUAGUCACACAAGGGGGCAUGCAGAUUGCAUAUCCUCGGUCACCGGCUAACAUGUCCAUCUUUGUUAGUUCCAGUCUUUCAGAAAUUUAUGUGAAUUUCAGGUACAGUAAUCCAAGGAUAUACAUGAUUGAUGUGUAAAUUGUCAGAUGAUGGUAUAAACAUAGGGCUCUUUGGAUGCAUUGGCCAUCCAAAUGAAAAUACAGCAUAUCCAAAAGGUAUUUCCCUAAAUUGAGGAAGCAUUUUUGGAAAACAA